UUUCAGCUCCUGUGAUCUGAAAUGAACUUUAAUGAGGUUCGUUUACACAGCGUGCAGUUUCCGCAGCAAAAUGGCCUCCCGCGCCGCGUAGAGGAGUCGGGCGUCCCGCCCCGUCGGUGACCUUCGCUUGUAAACUUCCAAAGGAGCUAACAAUAUUAGCCAACUUAGCCCGGUUACCAGGCUGACUUCAGAUACACAGCUGGCUUUCAAAAGAUCAUGACAACCUCUGGCGAAAAAUGCGACUUUCCAGUGUUUUUUUGGUUGUGAUGUGAAAGUGGUGUUGUUAAAACAACUGUGCGCAAACUUAACCUUAAUAUUAUGGAAUAUCGGUUUUUAAAUUGAGAUAAGCAUAACAUCGGGAAAAAUGCGUCUGUAUUGCAUUUUAUACUGUAUAUAAAAGUCAUUUUGUUAAAAGAGCAAACGAUUUCACAGGUUGUUUGCACAAUAUGCCGAUGCGCUGUUGGAGUUCUCUAAUGGUGACAUUGCUCUGCUUUUAGUAGCAGCCUGUAAAUGUCAGAAUGGUUUUAAGGCUACCGAAAUACAGUUUACUGUGGUGGGGCUAAGACGAGCUGCAACAAAAUUGACGGGAAAGUUGUUUAGAGCCUGGAACUGUGCACUUCGGUGUUUGUUCAGAGUCGAUCGAUAAAGUUUGUUAAAAAGAUUCUUUCGAGUUUCUUAAGUGCAAAAUAUUACCGACUAAUUUGUUAGUUUUGCGUUUAAGCUUUAUUAUAAAUGCGUGCAUUAAUACUUAUUAAUGGUACAUGACCCUUUCAAAAAUACCAGUGCGCUUUUAAUGUUUCCUGUUUAUCCUAUACGAUUUUUAUCGCUUUUUUGAAGUUAUAAUCAAUACCCUUUAUUGGGAUAUUUAAAAGAUCAUAAUUUCUGAAAUGGGGUGCACAGGACAACAUAACCACAGAAUUGUAUUGAAGUCACUGUCAAAACUGCUCUUGGUAUAAUAUCGUCAUGCAUAAUGGUUGUGCUUUAAAAAUUGAGUGGUGUGUGAAAACACGUACCGACAGGGGCGGUAAAGAGAACCAAGUUUGCAAUAUUUCCGAUGAAAGGGUGUGGUUGGAGUUAACGUGUCACAAUCUGAAAUGCUCAAACAUGGAAACAAGUCAAAGACAAUGAUGCAUUGGGUCUGAACAUGAGACAUUUUUGCUCUAAAGCAUACAGAUCUACAGCUGAGGAGACCAGAAAAGGAUAGUAAUAUUUUUAUUUAAAGAAAAAUGAUGUCUUUGCAGGAUGCUGCUCCAUUGUAGGGUAUCAACACAAGAUAGGCCUGAGGCUGAACCUGCACUGGAUAAAUCAUAGACAGUUACCGUGAACAGCUGAUUAAGGAUUCCGAAUUCCUCAGAAAUGACAAGCGAAUGGGCACUGAGCUGGUGGAUAAGCUGGUGUUACAGCUGAACAGGAUCUACCCACAGAUACUGAAUGACAAGGAGGCGCGGAAGUUCCGCAACUUGGGUGUGCCCACGGCCAUCAGAUUGCUGGAGCUGCUUUCCCACCUGCAAGGCAAAGGGGAGGAGGCCUGUUACGAGUUCUACCGGGCGCUGCACAUCCACGCCGAGGAGGUGUACUUCAGUCUGCCCACGCGCAUCCGCCGCAGGGAAACUACAGAACCAAAAUGGACUAACACUGCUGACGACCUAAGGGAGAAAUUUGUUCUAAAUGACAGGGGUCCCUGGUUCUUCCUCAGUUGUUUCACAGUGGUGGUUGGAGUGGCGUUCCUCUAUUACCACAGUGAGGGCAAAGGCCUGGGUAACGACACCAGGAAGGUGCUGGGAUUCACAACACUGGGGCUUGGGACGCAAGCCAAAGAGGUGCUGAUAUCCUACAUAGGUGACUGCAGGAGAAAGUAAUAGGCCAAGCUCCUGCACCAACCAACCACUGCUAACAUCAGGGGAAAAAAACAGGUUUGCCUCAUGAAACAGGAUGAGACAGUCAGGUUCUCUUUAAAAAUGCAUGCAAAUUUUAUAUAUAGAAUGUAGUUUUGGAGUUUCUAAAUAUUUAAGAACAUAUAUUUUAAGUGGACACUUGUUUAUGCCAAGCAUGGCGUUUCUGUACUCUUCAUAAGAGUGUAACACUUGCUUGUUAAAUUUUAAUAUCCUCUUUCCUUCAAUGGUCUUUGCUGUUAUUUUACCGUUGACCCAGUUUAGAUCUGGUUGUAACAGAUAUUUUUGUAGCCUCAACAUAUCUGUUCAGGACUGCUCAGUCUACCUUCAUUUUUACCAUAAGAAGACGUAAAGCAUCAUUAUAAGGACACUACGCCCUUAAGACAUCUCCCGUGGUUCUGAACACUAAUGCAUUCCCUGUCACCUUAAAGGCCUGACCACAAAGACUGCGGAACAAUGCCUACUCACCAUCCACCAUCUGUUACACAUGCCGCCUAUUAAUAGCUACAGUCUCUUUUCCAGAAAGCUGCAUGUUCGCUUUGGGAAACAUUCAGAUAUUUUAACGUUUGUCCUGUUGUCGCCUUGCACCCGAACGCUAAGGGUUGUUUAAAACGAAAUGCGUUGUUACAAGUGUAGAGCUAUAUUCUAAUUUCUGUAUUUUAUAUGUGGUAUUAAUAAAUCACUCACUUCUAAGAAAAUGA